AUGACCAACUCGGGCCUUCCAUCGGUCGAACUUGCUGCCACUUCGUUCACUCCGCGUUCCGUCACGAGUUUACGCUCGUGGGCGAACGGCUCGGACGCGACCGAGGACCGCAACGAGGUUGAGGCUAGUGACGAGACGUGUGUCUUGUCGGGAAAGGAGCGGGCCCGACUCACGACCAUGGCCAAGCGCAUGACGGAAAAUCUGCUGGAAGCGACGGACCUCCUCGGUGGCAUUUCUUGGACUCGGGUGCGCGACAAGCACGGGAUUUCGCUCUUCCAAGCGUACGAAGACACCAGUGCAGGGUCCAGUAGUACAUCAACUGCCACCGGCGGUAGCACUAGCAGUAGUCGCAGCUUACCGUGCAACGUCCACGCGGUGUGCAAAUUUGCCUGUGACAUCGAAGACGUGGCCGCGUCCCUGAUCACGCCCACGACCACAUCCUUUAAACGGAUGAUGGCCACCUUGUCCUCGGAUUUCCUCGAUGGAGCUGUCGUGCAGAACAUUGUCGAGCCUUCAGUGACGAACCCGCAUCGCUACGUUGGUCUCAAGUGGGCGGUCUUCAAGAGCUCGAGUCCUUUUGGCAAGGACCGUGACUUGCUCAUGCUGGAGUACGUCGACAUGAUUGAAGAUGCUCAGGGACAGUUGACGGCCUUUCGUGUCAUGGAGUCUGUGGAUGCACCACCAGGCUUGUCUAAGUAUGCCGAGUCAGCGAAGCGCACGCGCGAGCUUGUGCCACUCAUGGGGUUCAUGUACCACUCGACCACGAGGUCGGGGGAGCUCCGCAUGACGUACACGUGCACUUUCAACAAGGACGGGGACGUCCCUGCGUGGAUUGCCAGCUCUGCGAUUCAGUCGCACGUGGAAAAGUGCAUCCACGGGAUCUCCAAGUACACGGAAAACUUUCGUGUCAGUCGAGAGGAGAUUGUGCUCCCGCAGCAAGUGGUGCCCAUGAGCGAGCGCGAUCACUGCCGCACGUGCUCGAAGAAGUUUUGCCUUCGUCGUCGUCGCUACAAUUGCCUCAAGUGUGGCGAAGUCUGUUGCAGCUCGUGCAGUGCUGUGCGUUGUGUCCAGGUGCCGGAUAUUGGCAAGCGCCAGCUGCGGGUCUGCACAGUGUGUGUUAUUGAAGCUCGUCGCUUGUCACGCAACGCAGUGAGUGGGAUGGAACUACCUCCUUCUCCACUCAGCAAGAACUGCUCCAGCCAGGUGUCUGCCGGCUCGAAAGUGAGCUCACGCAGGAUGGGUCGUGCGCAGAGCUUUUCGACUGCGACAGAUGAGGAAGUGCCUAUACGCCAGUCGUAUGACACCCUUCUCGACCCGGUACGCUCUCGACUCAUUGAGUAUAAGACGUUCUCGUCGGGUAGCGGAGACGGCUCCGUAUCCGUUGGCGUUCCCAAGACCAGCUUCCCGGUGCGUUCUUUCAGUGACGGCCUUGUGAUGCGCAACAAGGCGCUGUUUGCAGCCAAGCGUCGAGGCAGCCCAGCAGACUUGGCAAUCUCAAUCGAAGCUUUUCGCUCGUACCAGAAGCGCAUGGGCAAUGCCCCUCGUCAUGGCGGGGACGGAUUGGACGAACACGACAAUACGGACGACGAGUCCACGACGUCAUCAUCGUCCGUAUCGCCCACGCACUCAACUAUGCGAUCAACGUCGACGUACGACCGUACGUCUUCGAAGAGCAGCAAGAGUCUCCGUACAGGCUGUUCAGGCAGUCACAGUAGUCAGGGGAGUAGUCAAGAGGCUCGAACAAGUGAUGAGGAGAAGCUCGAGAUGAACGGAGCGUCGGGCCGAGCCAAGAACAUCAUCUCUGCUGCCAACAACUUGGCGCAACAAGCACGGAAGCUGUCGCACCAUCGCAUCUUGGCGUUGCAGCAGGAGCACGAGUUCAUGGCACCCAUGCUUCGCAACAAUGGUGAUGCUGCCAGCAGUACUGGUCCGGACAUGCGUCAGCGAUCUCGCAAUAAUUCCCAGACUAGCAGCUCCGAUGCGUCUUCAGGAGGCUCUAGAGCAGUGCUGUACGCGCGCUGA